AUGCCAAAAGCUGACAGAAAAAAAAUUUACGAAAAUCUUUUUGAAGAGGGAGUUUUGAUUGCUGAAAAAAAUUUCACCCAAGCACUUCACCCAGACAUUAAAGUUAGAAAUCUUUAUGUUGUCAAAUCACUUAAAGGAUUGGCUUCACAAGGAUACGUUAAAGAACAAUUUGCAUGGAGACACUAUUACUUUUACUUGACAAAUGAAGGAGUCGUCUAUCUUCGUGAGUAUCUUGGACUUCUUCCAGGAGUCGUUCCAGCAACACACAAAGGUCGUGAAACUACAGCUACCUUCGAAGGAAGAACUGGACAAAGAGGAGCUGGACAAAGAAGAGAUAAUGAACGCAGUGCAUACCGUACUAAUCAAGACAAAGUUACUGAUGUUGGACCUGGAAAUGCUCCAGUUCAAGCUGUUCGUGGACCUCGCGGUGGUUUUGGACGUGGCCCAGUUGCUCCAAAGCAAGAUGAAUAA